UUCAUUAUACAUCUGACAGGGCAGUGCAGAACACGCAACUAUGAGAUCCGUAUAUGUUUUGAUUUUUCUCUUCGUUCACGUUACAAGUAAAAACUUUGAUACUGAUAACGAGUUGGAACCAGACGAUGAAGACACCGUUGAUAAUAUUGUCUUAUGUGAUAACUGUAUUACAAAAUGCUGUCCAAAUGGGCAACAUAUUCACGGAUUCAACAAAAAGUGCGUGCGCCCAAAACUUUUCAAACAUCUAAAUUUUUCCGAAGUGCCCCUCUACAAUGAUGACAAAACUAGAUCUGGAAGAAACCUGACGGAUAUCCUUACUCUGGUACCGGAAAGAAUAUUAAACCCGAAAUUCUUUAAGAAGGCUUUCGAUUACAGUGUCAUGCACCAUAAUUAUUACUUGACAGAGGAAGGUAUUCUUUACCAAGAAGUCCCCAACCACUUCAUGAGAUGGUACAGGCAUAACACGUCCAGAUACUGUGUGGAAUACCAACUGCCAAUCAAAGCUAUUGGGAUGGUGAGGCCUGAGGUCAGGUUCUGGACAAUAAUUGAUGGCACUGCAUCUGAAGGCUCUGAUAGUUACAUUACUAUUGGAUUACUAAUAUCAUGUUUCUUCCUGAUACUGGUGCUGGUCGUCUACAGCAUCCUUCCUGAGCUUCGCAAUCUCAGUGGGAUGGUAUUGAUGGCGUAUGUUUCAAGCCUUUUUGGAGCCUUCUUUAUUCUCGCACUGAUACAAGUCAAACGGCAUUCGAACCCCGUCUGCAGUGGUCUGACAUAUACGACGUACUUCAUGUUCCUGGCUAGUUUCUGUUGGAUGAACAUCAUGUCUUGCGAUAUCUGGUGGACUUUCAGAGGCUACGCCAAAGCCCGUCCAAUUCAUAGACGUGGUGAAUGUUUCAAGUUUGUAAUGUACUGCAUAUAUGCAUGGGGAUUGCCAGCAGCACUGACUAUUAUGUUAGUUGCCCUCAACGAAACGGAUAUGAGGAGUAAACCUUGGUUCGUCCAACCCAACAUUGGUCAAUAUGGAUGCUUCUUUGGAGAAUCCGAAAAGCUCCUGUACUUAUAUGUCCCGAUGUUGUUCCUGAUUAUGUGCAAUUGGAUCUUCUUCUUGAUGACCGCGUUUAACAUCUGGAGACUCCACCGGGCCACUGCUGUGUUGGAUUCAGCUGCUGCUGGCACUCCUGCUGCACAUCGAUCACAGAAAUACAGGUUCCUUGUCUACCUGAAGUUGUCUAUCAUCAUGGGGAUCAACUGGGUCUUAGAAGUGGUCAGUUCCUUCCAACCAGACUUCAAGGGCUGGUACUUAACGGAUAUCUACAACACGCUUAUUGGACUCAGCAUCUUCCUUAUCUUCGUUUGCAAAAAGAAAAUUUGGCGGAAACUUAUUAAAAGAUUGCAAACUUUGGGCGAGUAUCGUCGUCCUCGCCAGUACUCCAGCUCCAGCAGAAGGAGCCGCACCAGCAACACCACAGAAUCCGACAUCAGUCAAGAUGUACCAGUGUGCAUCAACCCUAAAGGCCCAGUGAUUCAAUAUACUGACAAAGUGACAGGCAUGCCUGAUAUUGUAAAUCAGUCUUUUAAGUAAGAUAUAUAAGGCGAAGGUUGUUAGUAUAUAGUUAUCCAAAUAGUCAUCCAAAAACAGAGAGAAAGAAAUGCCAAUAGCAAGUCAUGACGUCACAUGAAACUAGUGCCUUACUAAACGCAUAAUCGAGUCUGUUGUUUAUUUUAUGAUUAAAAAAAAACAGUCAAGUGCGACCCAGACUCGCGCACCGAGGGUUCGGAGGAUUUGACUUUGCCGUUGACUAUUGUCUUCUCCGUAGCGAUUUACUUUACCACUACAAAAACUUUGUAAAACUAAACUUUUUGCGGUUGAAAAUUGUUCGCUUCAUACAUCGACAUAGGUCGUGAUUAGUUUAUCAACUGCAAACAAGUUUGUAAUCGCAAAAACGGUUUUUUGCGGUUGAAAAUCUGUUCGCUUGACACAUCGACAUAGGUCGUGAUUAGUUUACCAACUGCAAAUAAGUUUGUAAUAGCAAAAACUGUUUUUUGCCGUUGAAAAACUGUUCGCUUCAUAUAUCAACACAGGUCGUGAUUAGUUUACCAACUGCAAGUAAGUUUGUAAUCGCAAAAAAAUAUAGUUUUUUGUUGUGGAACAGCUUUACGAUUUUAAUAUUAUUAAACUUAAGCUAAAGCUUGAUUUUUAUACAUUUUCGAAACCGUAGACAUAAGUGUUAGAUGUUAAAAAAUUGGGUCGUGUACUAGGUUCAAGAGAAAUUAUGGAAUUCUGAUUAUUAAAUAAAGACAGAUCUAAAACUAACGAAAAAUAUUUCAAUAGAAAAAAAAGAAAAUGUUGCCACUACUAAACAUUAUACAAGUAAACAAGAGGAAAUUACCGUCGAUAUGAACGGUCACGAGCAUUAAUAUGUAUACACUUUGGUACCAUGUCACAUUAACUUUUUUGACAAAUUGAACUGUAGGUCUCACUAAAUGUC